ACGCGACGAAUGAUCGAAAUUGCGGACCGAAGUACCGAACUGGCCGAGCGUCGUCGUUGUAGCACGUGGUUGCGCGUGUACGUAUACAUCGUGCGCUAUGUCGACGUCGUCAAGCAUGAGGAACAACGCGAGGAAUGUCAAAGAUAAGGGUCGGAAGGAUAAGGGCGGCGAUAGGGAUAAGCCACGGGAAAAGAAGUUCGACAAGAAGAAGUAUCGGCUACAAAAGUACAGCAAUAAAUACAAAAUUAAUCAAUGGGAGGAGAGAAGGAAGAAGGCCGUGCUACGCGGAUUCUACAAGGAGCUCGGCAAGAGUCAGCAAAUUUCCGGGGAGGCGUCGUUGGGUUCAAAUUCCAAGAACGGAGACGAGGCGAGCGCUUCGCGGCACAAGGGCAGCGCCUUUUUCAAGGCUAAGCGGGAAUACCGGCGGAAGCAGGAAGAGGCCAAGAAGCGGAGAGAGGACGCCGCUCGUGUAAAGGCCGAGCGAGAGGAGGCCCUGAGGAACUACAAGGAGAAGAGGAUGCGUAAUUUCAAGUUGUUGUCGAAGAAGACGAGCAAGGGACAGCCGGUCAUGAAGGGCAGGGUAGAGAUGCUGCUGGAGAGGAUACAGCGAAAUGUAGACUAACUUAAGACAGAGCGCUGGUCAGAGCGAAUACAGCGCAAUGUUUUCGCUUUUGCCUAUGUGUAUAUAUUUAUUCAUCCCUCCAUUUGCGGGAUUCUCUCUAUACGCGGGUUUUUAACGCAGUCUUUUCCAUAUGCAGUCCCAGUUUUACGCGGUCUCGCUUUAUACGGUUGGAAAAUGAAGCUAAAGUAGAAGCGCCAAAUAUUUCUAUCCGGUCUUUGAACCGAUUUUUCGCGAGUACUAGUGUGGAGCUGAACUUCCAUUUCGUCUUUGGGUCACCUGACGCAGCAUGGAAAGAGCUACGUGAACGAAUAUUCUAAAUCGCGGGAUGAAUGUAUGUUGUAUGUUAUGCAGCGACAUGCAGAAAAUAUUGCAGCGAUGGCAACGUUUUCUGCAAACUUCAAGUUUGCGUCACGCGAGAUUGCCUCCGAACUCGUCGUGUUAUCACUGUACAUUUUAUGUAACUGUAUGCAAUGUACGGAAGACGACGCAGUCGCACGUUUUCAAAUUCUAACGAAAUAGAAUAGCGAAAAUAAAAACUGACAGAAA